CUUGCGGGAGCACUUUUGGAGGAAGCCGAACGUCUACUGGACCGUGGUAUCCAUCCGAUCAAAAUCGCUGAUGGUUUCGACCUUGCUUGCAAAAAGGCGCUUGAAACUCUCGACAAAAUCGCCGACAAGUUUCCGGUCGCCGAUCGUGAACGCCUCGUUCAAACGGCACAGACGUCGUUAGGAAGCAAAGUAGUGAACAGAUGUAUCCGGAAGUUUGCCGAGAUCGCGGUAGACGCAGUACUGUCGGUAGCUGAUCUGGAAACCCGUGACGUGAACUUCGAACUGAUCAAAGUGGAGGGCAAGGUUGGUGGACAUUUGGAGGACACGGUUCUUGUGAAAGGAAUCGUCAUCGACAAGACUAUGUCACAUCCUCAAAUGCCAAAAGAAUUAAAGGAUGUAAAGGUCGCCAUUCUCACCUGCCCAUUCGAGCCACCUAAGCCCAAAACCAAACAUAAGCUCGAUAUAACUUCUUCAGAAGAUUUCAAAGCGUUACGUCAAUAUGAGAAGGAAACGUUCGAAAAUAUGAUCAAGCAGGUCAAAGAUAGUGGUGCCACUUUGGCAAUCUGCCAGUGGGGAUUCGACGAUGAAGCGAACCAUCUGUUACAUCAUCAUCAACUUCCAGCUGUUCGCUGGGUAGGAGGACCUGAAAUAGAGCUCUUGGCUAUCGCUACAAAUGGUCGAAUUGUACCGAGAUUCUCGGAACUUACUCCUGAAAAACUCGGCUCCGCAGGCCUCGUGCGUGAGAUCACGUUCGGAACCGCACGAGACCGCAUGCUGUCCGUUGAACAGUGCCCAAAUAGCAAAGCAGUUACUAUAUUUGUCCGCGGAGGCAACAAAAUGAUUAUUGACGAGGCUAAGCGCUCGCUUCAUGACGCGCUUUGCGUCAUCCGUAAUUUGGUCCGAGAUGACCGCAUCGUAUAUGGAGGUGGUUCGGCUGAGACAGCCUGCGCUAUCGAAGUAGCGAAGGAGGCAGACAAGAUCGAAGGAAUUGAGCAGUACGCGUUCCGUGCUUUUGCCGACGCAUUGGAGGCAAUUCCAAUGGCGCUGGCUGAGAACAGCGGACUGGGCCCUAUCGAUGUAAUUACCGAUUUGAAGGCAAAGCAAAUUGAAAUGGGCAAGCCCUAUUUGGGGGUUGAUGCUUUGUUCAGUGGUACCAAUGAUAUGAAAGAGCAGAAGGUCAUCGAAACUUUGUUGUCGAAGAAGGAACAGAUUUCUCUCGCCACACAGGUAUGGUUUUGA